GCUGCGCUCCGCUCGGCUCCUCUCCCGCGCUGCUCCCGCCGCCGCCGGCCCCGCGAUGGCCGACAUCAAGACGGGCAUCUUCGCCAAGAACGUGCAGAAGCGGCUCAACCGCGCGCAGGAGAAGGUCCUCCAGAAGCUUGGGAAGGCUGAUGAGACCAAAGACGAACAAUUUGAAGAAUAUGUUCAGAAUUUCAAACGCCAAGAAGCAGAAGGUACCAGACUUCAGCGAGAGCUCCGAGGAUAUUUAGCAGCUAUCAAAGGCAUGCAAGAAGCCUCAAUGAAACUCACCGAGUCUCUGCAUGACGUGUAUGAGCCUGACUGGUUUGGGCGAGAAGAUGUAAAGAUGGUUGGUGAGAAAUGUGAUGUACUAUGGGAAGACUUUCAUCAAAAACUAGUUGAUGGGUCCUUACUGACUUUGGAUACCUAUUUGGGCCAAUUUCCUGAUAUAAAGAAUCGCAUUGCGAAGCGCAGCAGGAAGCUGGUGGACUAUGAUAGUGCACGGCACCAUCUCGAGGCUUUGCAGAGCUCCAAGAGGAAGGAUGAAAGCCGCAUUUCUAAGGCAGAAGAAGAAUUUCAGAAAGCACAAAAAGUGUUUGAAGAGUUUAAUGUUGACUUACAGGAAGAAUUACCAUCACUAUGGUCAAGACGAGUUGGAUUUUAUGUCAAUACUUUCAAAAAUGUCUCUAGCCUCGAGGCCAAGUUUCAUAAGGAAAUUGCAGUUCUUUGCCACAAACUGUUUGAAGUGAUGACGAAACUGGGAGAGCAGCAUGCUGACAAAGCCUUCACCAUUCAAGGCGCCCCUAGCGAUUCCGGUCCCCUGCGCAUUGCGAAGACGCCUUCACCUCCUGAGGAGACUUCGCCCAUUCCAAGUCCAACGGCAAGUCCUAAUCAUACCCUGGCACCUGCAUCUCCAGCCCCAGUGAGGCCAAGGUCACCUUCACAGACAAGGAAAGGACCUCCUGUUCCACCUUUGCCUAAAGUCACCCCAACAAAGGAACUGAAGCAGGAGAACAUUAUCAAUUUCUUUGAGGACAACUUUGUUCCAGAAAUCAAUGUGACAACACCUUCCCAGAAUGAAGUUCCUGAGGCAAAGAAAGAGGAAACAUUGCUGGAUCUGGACUUUGACCCUUUCAAACCAGAGGUCACACCCGUGACUUCUGCUGGAAUGGCCCCUUCACCCAUGUCUCAGACAUUGCCUUGGGACCUUUGGACGACAAGUGCUGAUUUGGUACAACCGGCUACUGGUGGUUCAUUUAAUGGAUUUACCCAGCCCCAGGACACUUCAUUAUUCACGAUGCAGACAGAUCAGGCGGAACCGGAACCUGCUCCACUCACUGAGCCAACGGCAGAGGCGCCUCCAACUGCUGGGCCAGAAGCUGGAAUGGACACCCAAGCUGAGGAGCCCCUGGAGGGAGCAGUGGCCCCACCUGCAACUGAGGCCGAUGUGACUGCUGGAACCGUGGCUGCCAGUGCAGAGGGAGCCUCAAUGGAUGAAGCAGAACCAGCAAAGGCAGCUGUUCCCACCGAGGAAGGGGCAAGUUUAGAAGAGGCCAAGAUGGAUACAGAUGCCACUGAGACAGGAGAGAGUGACCAGCCUCAGCCAGAAGAAACAGAACCAGCCACACCUCAGGAGAAGGUCAUACCUUCUGUGGUCAUAGAGCCUGCCUCUAAUAACGAAGGAGAGGGAGAUCAUGACACGACCUCAGGAGCAGAGGCCAAGGAGGCAGCACCUGAACCAACUCUCCCCAGCGACUCCUCAGAGCAGAAAGUGGGGAAGGACUCCGAGCCAGCUCCCAGUGCUCCAGCUUUGAGUGAGGCCUCUCAGGAUCUUCCGCCCGGCUUCCUCUAUAAGGUGGAAACACUGCAUGAUUUCGAGGCGGCAAAUUCUGAUGAACUAAACCUACAGCGGGGUGAUGUGGUGUUGGUGGUUCCCUCAGAUUCAGAGGCUGACCAGGAUGCAGGCUGGCUGGUGGGAGUGAAGGAGUCAGAUUGGCUUCAGUACCGAGACCUGCCAACGUACAAAGGCCUCUUUCCAGAAAACUUCACCCGGCGCUUGGACUAAUUCCUGGAGAAUUGUGGCAACAGCCUGAUCACUGGGUUUUUCAACCUUCGGGAAACCUGACGAGUUCACUUUUGCUCUUACACUCUUAGUGAUUUGCAGGGUGCUGCCAUGACAGAGGGUGAACAAUAUAUCAAUGGAGCAUGUGUGCAAAAAAAUUUUAAGACACAAAGUCAAUGAAGGGAAGUCCUCAUUGACUCUCACGUGACCGAUACAAGGUUUGUUUGUGCUUUGUCCAAGAUGUGGAGCCUCGUGUACUCGAUGCCCUCCCACCAGUUCUAAGGUAGCUUUCUCCAAACCAGAACCUUAAUUCCUUUGCACCAAGUGUCUGGUAUUGAGAAGCUGCCCUGCAGAAGAUGUGAUGAGUUACCCUGUAGUGUGAGAUGAUUUUACUCCCCAGCGCAGAUGUGAGCACAUGUUCUCUUGCUCUCUCUCCCCUUCAGGUUCACUGUGUUGAAAAGUAAAUUUGCUGCAAAAGUUUUCAAUGUUCUUCCAAACACGUCCCUCUCUCUACUCUCUCUCUACGGACAGUCAUAUCACUCCUAGCUGUAUGUGUAUGUACCAAAACUACAUACACAGAAUGCUUUCUUUCCUUUCCAUGGUAGUGCUCUUUCCAUGAUAGUGUCAUUGCUGUGUGCAUCGCACUUGUUCUGUCUGGCAUUACAGUGGCAGUUUUGUCUCAGGACAAAACCAGUUGCCAAAACAGUCGACAGUAUCUGUUUGCCAUGUGCAUUUUUCAAGAUGCAGUGGCACAUAGCAUGUCAGAGCCACCCUGCCCUUUUGUGGAGGAAGCAGGGCCCGUUAUCUAGAAGUUCCACCACUGUAGGCAACAUGGAACAAGCUGCUAAGUCUUAACUCCUGCCUUUCAGAGAUAGGCCUGAGAAUGUGGCACGUAACUCUACCCCCGAAGAACACGGUUUUAAAAAGUUCCUCUACAUUUCCGACCUCUUUCUAUUUAUGCAACUCAUCUUAACAGAUUGUCCUUAAAUAAAUAGCUGCCAUGUGCUGUAUCCACAAAUCAUCUGUAAUGAUAAUGUUUUCAGUGCUGUGUCAUCCAAAUAAACCUUUGGUGAUCUCCAGCAGUCCCCCA